UCUGUCGACGGCGCUCGGCUCCAAGGCGAGUAAGAAGGCGACCGAAGGACGUUUCGAGCCUCGUCGAGCGCCGUACGCCUUCCCGCUUGCUCGUUUUUUCUUUCAUAGCGCCUCUCUUGUCUCACCGUACCUCAUGCAGUAACUUUGUACCUGCAGCUAGCUAUCACACACCACCCGACCUGAAUCGGCCUGAUCCAUUUCUAUCAACCAUCCGUUCUUUACCGCUCCUCGGGCGGCGUUUGGCCACGCACAUCUCCCGGAGCAGGUCACAAAAGGAAGGAAGGGAAGCAUGGUAUUUACCCGAGGCGACUCAUCAGUUGCAAGCUCGAACUCGAUGUCUCUGACCGAUCCUUCCCUCUCCUCCCCCCAGGCCCUGCUGGGUCAUGCGCCAAAACACACAGGGCGGAAGAGAAGCGCGUCACCGCCGACCGGUUGGUCGUCGAACCAACAACAGCAGUGAUGAAUCAACAGUGGCGGCAGUCCACGCCGUCUCUCAACAUGUGUCCCCACUCGGAGAUCCACUGAAUGACGAAGGUCUCACGUCGCCUCCGAGCUUUCCAGUGGUAAGGCGUCUUAGGCCCUUUUAUCUGGCAUGGGGGGCUUAUCUCUCUUCCUUAUCGUUGGGACGACUAUCUUAUCUCGCAGGAUUUAAGAAUCACUAGCCAGCGGCCUCGUCCACUCCCGCUUCUUCACAUGGUCGGUUGAACGUCCCGGCCAACGAUUUCGGUUUCGGUGCAUGGAUGGGAGACCAUUCACCGAGUACAGCCUCGGCAUCUACAGACCUACGGAUACUACCAGGCGACAACUCUGCACCCCAGCCCGGCCCUUGAAUUCGCUUUCCCCGGCAAUCUUUUUUAAGAGAAAAGACAACAUCCGCCCCUUCCCACUCCGGCAUCCCGGCCCAUCCCCAACAGAAACAGGACCCUGCCCCGCAAUCCUCUGCCCCAGAGCUGCAGGACACGGCAAGGAUCAUAGGUAUCUUUUGCCUCCACCAUCGCCGACCCGAGGUCUGCUUUGUGGUCUUGUGGCCUUGUAGUUGAGUGGCGAUUCACGCUCCCUGGUGUGCAGUUCUUCUCGUCGCCUUUCAAGUUCUCGUCUCUCCCUAAAGCACGCUAUAUAUCAAGGGCCUUCGAUUGGCAGUUUCGACAGCUGUGAAACCUCGGCGUUCUGGAACAUUUCUAUGCUAACCCGACUAGUGGAGGCGCUCCCGAGCCUCUCUCCCUCUCGCAUUUGGUCGACGCCACACCCGACCCACCCUGUCGUCCACAGUCAGCCCUUUCCCCCCCUUUCCUCUCCCCUCCAUACAAACCUACCUAUUCGCUGAUUCUGGGAGCUUUGGGAGCCAGACCUAGCCGCCCGCGGCGACCCGAGCUCUUAGCUCCAAUUUUGAUGCCGUUCAACUGCUACAACCCGCUGCUGGACCUCUUACUCUAAUUGCAAUGCUCACCAACAUGGGAAAGAAAAUUAUGCCCGGUUGAGUGUUGACCUGACCGAGACUGAAUCGAACCUGAUGUCGGUUUCGGGAUUCAAGCUUUCUGGAUGGUCGUCAUCAAUAAAAUAUCACUACUCAAAAACCACCACCUAGUUUAUACUACCCUUCUACUAUCAAGAACUCAACCACCGCUUUUGCAACUUAAAGCCAACCUUUGUACCGGGUUGGUAGGAGCUCACAUUUCGUCCCCAGUAAGGCCUUUUCUUUCAUUUUCUCGUUUCUUCUUCUGUUCUUUCCUAACUCUGCCGACUUGACAUCCAUUACCCACAUUCCAUUCUGUCAUUAGGUAGUCAGACGUGGAAAUUUUUCACAGUCAUGUAAAGUCACUACGAGUAACCUGCAGUCACGCGGUUCCUGACAGCUAGGUUGCCAGAGGCUCGGUUGAUGGCAUCUAUUCCCACUUACAAUUUGACCCAAAAUUUACACCAACGCUAUGCCGACGACUGAUGGGACAACCCAUCCGCCCUACACAGUGGCAGCGCUACCACUCAAGAGAGAAAAGAGACAGGCCAUCACCGAUGCCCGGCUGGUCGAGUUGCCCUCGUGCAAAUUCGCCUGUCGCUGCCCCAGCCUCUAUACAUCCAUCAUUCCUUAGCACCUGUCGUCAUCGUUGCUGAUGCUGCCACUGUCGUUGAUUCAAAGACAUCUUCAAGAGACGUCUUCUCCCGCAUCGUCUGCUCGUCGGUGUCGAGAUAGGCAGCGCCGACGCCAUUCAGUUCCGGAGCCUCUGCCGCGGGGGGCGAUCGCGCUGCUGUCUUGACUUCUUUGCCGGUCUCGGAUGUGAUGGCGUUCUCUGUCAACGCAGUCUUGGCACCGGGUGCUGACGGGAUUUGCGGUUCGUCAACGGUGUCCACCUUUGGUGUGAUCCCACCCUCGGUGAGGUCCGGGUCGGUCGCAGUAGAAUCUUUGGUUGACGACUCCGCAGUCAGAUUCUCAUGUCCCCUGUGCGGUGUUGCAGCCGCAACGUCCGUCGACUCGCCCGAAAUAGUGCCGUUACUGUUCAGUUGCUUUUCAGGUACUGUUUCCCCCAUUGCUAUAGGCUCUGAUUGCCCUUCUGUUUCUUUUCUGUUUGGCUCCGUUUCCGGCUUACGCUCGACUUCCCCCAGCUCCUCCACCUUGUCUCCCAAAACUUCCUCAGCUAUAUUGAUGUCUUUGACUGUCAGAGACCUUGGCAUGGUUGGCUGCGACGUGACGGGACCAAUAGAAGCGUGCGCCUCAGCCGAAUUAUUCCCGGAGACCACUCUUGCAAGCUCCUCUUCGACGAGUCUCUUAUCGUCUUGUCUAAACGUCCGAUUAAGUUCGGCCCGAUCCAGCACGGCUAAUCCAUUGGAAACGGGUGUCCAUUGCAGUUCUUCCAGCCUCUGUUGCACCGACUGGUCUGUUUCCUGUACUGGUUCAGGCGUUGCGAUGGAAUCUUUGCUGGUUGUCGGUGUUGCGCUUUUGCGAUCAUCCAUCUCGUCUCCUCCGACGUCACUAUAUGACGGUGCAAUGUUCCUGGCCUCCGCCCAGCUCGAGAUGUUGUGGCCCAUGUGAGGUGACUCGCAGCGUCCAUACUGACUCGGGAGAGGGCUUGGAGGGGAUCGUCCUCUCGUGUAGUAGUAG